CGCAAACUAAGCGCAGGCCUGCCUAGGGUCCGGUAAUGGCGGGCACCGGCUUGGUGGCUGGAGAGGUUGUGGUGGAUGCACUGCCGUAUUUUGAUCAAGGUUAUGAAGCGCCUGGUGUGCGGGAAGCGGCUGCGGCGCUGGUGGAAGAGGAAACCCGCAGAUACCGACCGACUAAGAACUACCUGAGCUACCUGACAGCCCCGGAUUAUUCUGCUUUUGAAACUGACAUAAUGAGAAAUGAAUUUGAAAGACUGGCUGCUCGACAACCAAUUGAAUUGCUCAGUAUGAAACGAUAUGAACUUCCAGCUCCUUCCUCAGGCCAGAAAAAUGACAUUACAGCAUGGCAAGAAUGUGUAAACAAUUCUAUGGCCCAGUUAGAGCAUCAGGCAGUUCGAAUUGAGAAUUUGGAACUGAUGUCACAGCAUGGAUGUAAUGCCUGGAAAGUAUAUAAUGAAAAUCUAGUUCAUAUGAUUGAACAUGCACAGAAAGAGCUUCAGAAGUUAAGAAAACAUAUUCAAGAUUUAAACUGGCAGCGAAAGAACAUGCAACUCACAGCUGGAUCUAAAUUGAGAGAAAUGGAGUCAAAUUGGGUGUCCUUGGUCAGUAAGAAUUAUGAGAUUGAACGGACUAUUGUGCAACUAGAAAAUGAAAUCUAUCAACUCAAGCAGCAACAUGGAGAGGCAAACAAAGAAAACAUCCGGCAAGACUUCUGAAAAGACAGAUUAAUUUUGUGUGUAGAAAAAAAGAAAAGUUGGGUUUUCACAGAAUGCAUCUGAACUAUGAGGACAGCAACAUCUCACAGCGACAGUUGAUAGUUAAAUGUUUAGAAAUCAUAGAGUAUGUGGACUGUUGUAUUAAUUCUGUUUGCAUAUCUUAGCAAAAAUAAAAUUUUCUAAUGUGGUAUUUUAUAGCCAUAAGGAAAACUUUGGGCAGUUCAGAUAAGUAUGACUUUAGAAAAAUAUUAUAUCAUAGCCGGUGUGGUGGCUCACACCUGUAAUCCUAACACUCUG